AUGCCAAUUCGCUCCGAAGCAGGGAGACAUUGGAUAUCAACCAAGACCAGUCAAAUCGUUUCGCUGGAAGACUUUUGUAUUACCAUCUCGGAGCCUGCUUCCUUCGUAGAUCUGGGGUCAACAUCUCCGUCAGGGUUGGGCAAAUUACCGGACGAGUUUGAAACUCGAGAAUUACUGAACGCAUAUUUGAUGUCACCAUUCAACCUCGCGUUUCCAAUAUUGGACGAGGCCCUUUUGGAGAGUACCAUUCAAUCAGCUUAUAGUGAAAGCGCCGAGAUAUCUCUUUCUACCACCCAGCUCUCGACUACGGCCUGUCUUCUCGCGACUAUAUCCAUGGCGUCUUAUUUGAAUUUGUCGCAACAAAUCUCAACCGCUAUAGACGCACAUACAUGCGCAGCGCAGGCGAACUCUCUUUUGAUACAGGCUAUGGGAGAUAUCAGCUUGACAACGCUUCAGACCAUACUUUUGCUGCAACUCCGUUUUAUGUUCAAUGGUCAUUGGAAAAAAGCUAAUAUGUUUAAUUCAAUGGCAUGCUCCAUGAUCUGCUCCCUUGGCGGACACAUCCACGAAGCGCAAGCCGCGCCCGGACAAGAUUUGUCUAUUCCAGAGCGAGAAGCACGUCAUAUUCGUGUGCUGUUCUGGGUAUCCUACGUGCUUGACAAAGACAUUUCACUUCGCACAGGAAACCCACCGCUGCUCACAGAUUCUUACUGCGACCUCACUUUCCCAGAAAACUAUCUGGAGUAUGACAGUUACUUGCCAGGAAGACGAGGAUCAGUUCAAUCGAGUGAUCAAAUAUCUGGGCAUCUGAUCCCCCAUUUCCCUGGAGAUCUCAAGUUGAGCCUUCUUAAGGAAAAAGUCUGCCGGCACCUUUUUUCCGCUCAAGCGUUGAAGAAUGACAACAAUCAGCUUCUUCUCAACAUACGACAACUUGACGAUGAGAUCGAGAGCUGGCGUUUGUCUAUACCCCUUCACUUUCGCCCUGCGCUUUUUGUCUCCCAGAGCUCUCCGUUAAACACAAUGGGGGAAUGCAGUCUUCAUUUCAACCGACUUAUAUCGCUCCAGCUGGAAUACCACCACCUAAUGACCAUAAUUCACACCACAGUCAGAAAGUGUAUACCUGGUGUGGGCGAUGGUUAUAGGGACCUACACCAUGUGGUACAUUCCAGUUUUGAUCUAUCCCUUGAGGCCAGUCGGUCCACUAUAUGGUGUAUCAAGGUUCUAUGCACUAAAGACACAGCAGACAGGUCUCGGUACGUCAAUCUGAAUCACUUAUCUUAUCUGACCACCGCCGCCAUGUCGCUCUUUUUGAACAUUAUCAUUCAUCCCCUGGACCAUAUGGCACAGAUGGACCUGGAAACUAUGAUAUCGGUGGCCAAUACAAUAUGUAAUACACACGGGAACGAGUCGACGCAAGGUGAACGAUGUCGACUACAAGAGACAAGUGACUUUGUGAUGAGGCUGGUGUGGCUUGGAACUUGUGCAGUGACAAAAGCAAGAAGAGAAUGA